UAUAAACAUCUCCAGGCGUUUAAGGAGAUCUGUUACCAAUUCCACCAGUCUCGCUCCUCUUCUCCUUCUCACUUGUCCUCUAAUGCACAUGCACGGCCUGUAGACAAGCGUGUAGACUUUCUCUCUUCACUUCAAACACCAGCAUCGCGGCCCCUCCACCAUGGUCCGCCUGCGAGAGAUCCCGCGCACCGCCGUUUUCGCAUGGCUACCAGGCAGCGCCGCGCCGCUCGUGGUGACGGGCACGAGGACGGGCGCUGUCAGCGAUGACUUCUCGAGCGAGGUCAAGUUGGAGCUUUGGGACCUACGACUUCACGAGCUGGACGGUGACGGCGAGCUAACGCCAGCUGGCAGCAUCACGACCGACUCCGGCUUCAACGACAUUGCUUGGAGUGCACCUGACGACGACCACCCUCUUGGUGUGAUCGCGGGUGCUUUAGAGAACGGCAGCGUUGACCUCUGGGACGCUGAGAAGCUACGCAAUGGAUCCUCCGACGCAUUCAUCUCACGCACUACGAAGCACACUGGAAGCGUACGAGCCCUGCAAUGGAAUCUCUACAGACAUAAUCUAUUGGCGUCUGUGGGUGCUAAAGGCGAGAUCUACAUCUACGACCUGAACAACAUGGCCAACCCAUUCAGGUUGGGAGCGUCGGCAGCUCGAGCAGACGAUAUCGAGUGCCUGGAUUGGAACAAGCAAGAGAAGACCGCACACAUCUUGGCUACAGGUAGCAGUGGAGGCUUUGUGACAGUCUGGGACGUCAAGCAAAAGCGGGACAUUUUGACCUUGAACAAUCAGGGCCGUAAGGCGGUCAGCGCGGUGGCAUGGGAUCCGCAAGAGAGCACAAAGCUAGCCACAGCAACACCGAGUGAUCAGGAGCCAUUGAUCUUCUUGUGGAGCUUGCGCAACAGCAGUGCACCAGAGCGGACAUUGAAGGGCCACGAGCUAGGUGUAUUGGGCUUGUCGUGGUGUAUACAGGAUCCAGACCUGCUUCUCUCCUGCGGCAAGGACAACCGAACUAUUUGUUGGAACCCAAAGACUGGCGAGCGCUACGGAGACUUUGCCGCUGGAUCGAACUGGGCGUUCCAGACUGCAUGGAACCCGCAUAAUCCGAGCCUGAUCGCAAGUGCCUCGUUCGAUGGAAAGAUACUGAUCACAUCAACACAAAGCACAAAUUCGAAAUCAGACGAUCAGGGAGCGGCCAACCAAAAUCUCGACGGCGAAGACUUCUUUGCCAAGGCACAGUCUCAGCCUCUCGGGAUAUCCUUUACUUUGCCCAAAGCGCCCAAAUGGGCCGGUCGUCCUGCCAGUGUUUCGUUUGGCUUUGGCGGUAAACUUAUUCGAGUAGGCGCAGAUGCGUCGCGAAAGAGCAAGAUCUCGAUAGAGACAUUCGAGGUGGAUAGCUCCAUCGGAGAGGCAACGACCAAUUUCGAGAAUAAGCUUGCUUCUGGAGACCUCACGAACAUCUUGGCUUCGAAGCUCGAGGACGCAAAGACCGACGAGGAGAAAUCUGACUGGCAGGUCAUCGACACACUGAACGCAGGGAGCUCUAGAAAGAAGCUGAGGCAACAUCUGGGCUUCGAGGAUCCGGCGACCAGCGAACUCACUGAAGGCACAGAGAAGCUCGCAGUCAAUGGUGAUGCGGAGGAUAAGACAAAUGGUGACAAAGACGAUGAUUUCUUCGGCAGUGGUGAGGCUGAUGAUAAUUUCCUUGCGAAUUUGGCUGGCUCCAAGGGCGCCAAGAUCAACAAUCCAUUCAAGGUCUACACUGGAACGGAGUCUGAAGCCGAUAAAAGCAUCACGCAGGCGUUGAUGUUGGGUGAUUUCGAGAAGGCCUUGGAUGUUUGUCUGAAAGAAGAUCGCAUGUCUGACGCAUUCAUGAUUGCGGUCUGCGGUGGUCAGAAGUGCAUCGACAAGGCACAAGCGGCCUAUCUUAAGAAGCAGGCCAAUGGGCCCAAUUACUUGCGACUCCUCGCGAGUAUCGUUGGCAAGAACUUGUGGGACGUCGUUCACAAUGCCGAUCUGAGCAACUGGAAGGAAGUCAUGGCUACCCUGUGCACGUAUGCAGAUGAGAAAGAGUUCUCCGAUCUGUGCGAGGCGUUGGGUGAUCGCCUCGAAGAAGCUUUCCAGAGCGAUGAUGGCCCGAAAACGCUUCGCCGCGACGCAUCCUUCUGCUAUCUUGCUGGAGCGAAGCUUGAGAAGGUGGUGAUCAACUGGGUUGCCGAGCUCGAAGAGCAGGAGAAGGAUGCUCAAGAACAGUCUGAGACUGAUAAUGGAUUCUCUGUGCACGCCAAGUGCUUGCAAGCGUUCAUCGAGAAAGUCUCCGUAUUCCGCAAAGUUACCAACUUCAGGGAUUCAGAGCUGCAAGCAGCUGCCGAUUGGAAGUUGGCACCGCUGUACAAUCUCUACGCCGAGUAUGCCGAGAUUCUGGCCUCUCACGGGCAGCUCACUGCUGCCGAGCGAUAUCUGAAUCUGUUGCCGGCCAAAUUUGCCGGUGCCGAGACAUCACAGCAGCGCAUCAAGCAAGCAACUAGGAAAGCAACUACUGCAGCCCGACAACCUGCUACAGCGCAGCGUGGUGGACGAGCACAGCCCUCACUGAACGCAUUCCAGCCAGCACAGCCAAUUGCGCCCGUCCAGGCACAGCCACCGGCACCACUUGUUAAUCAGGCUCGCAAUGCUGCACCAUCUCCAUACGCUCCCGUCGCGAACAAUACGAGCAUACCACAGCCGGCAAACCCGUACGCGCCCACGAACAACGCCUAUGCUCCAUCUGGCUACACUCCUGCGCAGCCCUCUGCACCGUAUGGCCAGCCUUCAUAUGGAGGGUACCAGCCGCCUCAGGCUCAGUCUGCAUUGCCGCCACCUCCUCGAGCGGGGACUUCGUCACCAGCAGUACUUCCCGCUGCACUAGCGAAGAAGACUGGCGAUUGGAAUGACAUGCCAGAGGGCUUCCUGAAGGAGCGACAACCGACACCUCGCCGCAACACUCCAGGUCCACAGCCAGUGGCUGCACCUUUCCCAGGAGCACAAAACGCAAUGUCUCCGCCACCAGGCCCGCCAUCGGCGUACAGCUUCCAAAAGCCAACGCCGCCUUUGCCGCCGCCUCCAAAGGCUGGCGAAGGUCCACCCCGUGUCACUUCUCCACCUAUGCAGCCACCUGUCGCCCGUCCAUCAUCUGCCGCUAAUGUUUACUCACCACAAACGCCAACGCAGAACCUUGGCUCGACGUUACCAGCUCCAUCUGUACCUCCUGUCCAGCGUGGCGCUUCCCCAUAUCAGCCUCCACCUUCAACGUCGUCGGCAGCACCAUCAAAUAGAUACGCGCCAGCUCCUGGCUCGCAACCAUCUACUUUGCCAGGGCAGAUGCCGCAGCAGAGAAGUGUGGCGCCUAAUCCGUACCAGGCUCAAGCUCCACCACAAGGACCGUACGCGCCACAACAACCACCUCAGCAGACGCCGUACGGCCAGCCUCAGCAAGCAGCCGCACCUCCUCCACCGAGAGCGCCUGUGGGGCCGCCUCCGAGCGGACCACCGCGAGGACCGCCCAAAGCCUCCAACGGGCCUCCUCGCGCCGCGCCCAAUACCGGCGGCCAAGAGCUUCCUUCGCCUCAGCGAGAGCAUCCACCACAGGGCGCCCCACAGCAACAGCAACAACAAGCUGCGCCUGCACAGCCAAAGUACCCUCGCGGUGAUCGCUCACACAUUCCUGCUAGCGCACAGCCAAUUGUCGAUCUGCUCACACCUGAAGUUUCGCGUGUCAAGGCAGUGGCACCGCAAAAUUUCAAGCCUCAAGUCGACGACAUGGAGAAGCGCAUCAACAUCCUGUUCGACCAUCUCAACAACGAGGAUCUUCUUCAACCCGAUACCGUGCAGCAAAUGGUACAAAUUGCUCAGCACAUCCAGCAGAAGGACUUUGAACAAGCGCAAGCGCGUUUCAACGAAAUGCAGCAAGCGAAGCUCGAGACCGAGGGCACGCACUGGAUGGUUGGUGUAAAACGCUUGAUCGCGAUCGGCAAGGCUACAGUACGCGCCUAGGAGCUGAAACUUCUGCCGUUGAAGAGCGUUAUUGAACGAUGAAAUAAAAGCAUAUAGAAAAGAAGAAGCGUUACGUUCAAAGCAUACUGUUCGAUCGUUCCCGUGAAAGCGCAAC